AUGGGGCUCAGCGACGGGGAAUGGCACUUGGUGCUGAACAUCUGGGGGAAGGUAGAGACUGACCUCGCGGGCCAUGGGCAGGAGGUCCUCAUCAGGCUCUUUAAGAGCCACCCUGAGACCCUGGAGAAGUUUGACAAGUUCAAGCACCUGAAGUCAGAGGAUGACAUGAGGCGUUCUGAGGACCUGAGGAAGCACGGCAACACGGUGCUCACGGCCCUGGGGGGCAUCCUCAAGAAGAAGGGACAUCACGAGGCUGAGCUGAAGCCCCUGGCCCAGUCACAUGCCACCAAGCACAAGAUCCCCAUCAAGUACCUGGAGUUCAUCUCAGAAGCCAUCAUCCAUGUCCUGCACAGCAAGCAUCCCGCGGAAUUCGGCGCCGACACCCAGGCUGCCAUGAAAAAGGCCCUGGAGCUGUUCCGGAAUGACAUCGCUGCCAAAUACAAGGAGCUGGGUUUCCAUGGCUAA